CAUAUCUAUUUAGGGUUUUACUCUUAGACACUCGGCCCGGCUGCCACAACAAGGUACUCCAUCGUUGCGAAUUCGCCUUUGCAGAGGGCUUCUUCAUCAUCCAACAAUGACGACCGUCGUACCAACUUCCGAAGAAGAUCCGGCUCUCGCUGUCGUCCGCUUCACCUCCGAACUCGCCUGGGCUGACGCCGGUCCCGAGGCUGCUGAAGAACAAGUUAGUAGGCUCUGUUUGGAAGCUCAAGAGAGUAUGGUGAGGGGGCGAUGGUUGGAUUUGGCAUCUCUAAUGCUCACUUCGGCUGACUUGAUGUUCACAAAGGUCUCUGACAAAGAUAUUGAGUGCAUCUUCACUGUUAUCUGUAAUCUUGUCACAAAACCUGAAAGUCUGGAUGAAGUACAUGAGAUGGCAAAACUUAUAUCUGGGAAAAUUAUUCAACAACCAAGAAAGCCAGCAUUGCGCUUAAAGAUCUUGUUCAACCUUUACAAUCUGCUGGAGAAUCCAUACAGCCGGUUUUUUGUAUACAUGAAAGCCCUGAAUUUGGCGUUGAGUGGGAAAGUCUCUGAACAUAUAACACCUUCUUUCAAAAAGAUAGAUGACUUCUUAAAGGAAUGGAAUAUUGAUGUCAAGGACAAAAGAGAACUCUUUCUUGGCAUCGCUAAUGUACUCAAAGAAAAUAAAAGCUCAUCCAAGGAUUCUUUCAAGUUUCUGACCAAGUAUUUAGCAACUUUCUCUGGUGAAGAUGCUUAUACGAUGGGUGAAGCCAAGGAGGAAGCUGCGCGCACAAUUAUAGAAUUUGUAAAGGCACCUGACAUGUUUCAGUGCGAUUUGUUAGACAUGCCUGCGAUAGGGCAAUUAGAGAAGGAUGCUAAGCAUGCUGUGGUAUAUCAGCUUCUUAAGAUCUUUCUGACUCAGAGACUGGAUGCCUAUUUGGAAUUUCAAACUGCAAAUUCUACUUUACUUAAAAGCUAUGGUCUUGUUCAUGAAGACUGUAUAACAAAGAUGAGGUUGAUGUCAUUGGUGGAUCUUGGUUCUGGUGGAUCUGGCCAAAUUCCUUAUGCCCUUAUCAGGGAUACCCUAAGAAUCAGUGAAGAUGAGGUGGAAAUGUGGGUGGUUAAGGCAAUAACUGCCAAAUUGAUGGACUGCAAAAUGGACCAAAUGAAUCAAGUUGUGAUUGUGAGCCGGUGUACUGAGCGUGUCUUUUCACUACACCAGUGGGAAACUCUGAGAACAAAGCUUGCAACUUGGAGGGGUAAUAUUGCAAAUGUAAUCAGUACUAUUCAAGCAAACAAGAUAACUGAAGAUGGGUCACAAGGAGUGCAAGGUUUAAUGAUUCGCUAGACAGUUUUUUUAUGUCAGUUUUUCAGCAGCCCCUGUUAUUUAGGGAUAGGUCAGACUAUCAUUUGUGGCUGAAGUAUCAUACUGAAAUUUACAUUUGUUGAACGAUAAUUUUUAGUGUAUUGGAAAUUUUGACAGAAUGAGUUAAUCAUAUUUUGUUUGUCA